AUGAUCUCCAACUUCAAAGAAGUGAAAGCGUUAGGGGUUUCUAAAAAUUUAAUGAAGUUUAAGCCUUCGUUUGAUGAAAAAGAAAUGGAAAACCUUAUAGUUGGAAUAGAUAAUGAUAGCGAAGAAAAAAACGAUGUGAUUGAUGGAUCGCUUCAUAUUUUACCUAGGAAGGAUACCUCUGUCAAAUCGACGUUCAAGGAGACAAGUACUCCAGAUGUAAAUUUGAACAUAUUUGAUAUGGACGUAAACAUCAAUUUUGGUAAACAACCAAGCACUUCACUCUAUGAGAAGACAAACUUCAUACCACCCGAGGUUUCACAGUCUGAGUCCAAUAUGGAGGAGGACGAAACUUCAAACAUCAAUGCGAACUUAUCUAAUAUGGACAUAAAUGUUAACAUGGGUUAUGGGAGAAUAACUAUUGAGAAAUCAAUGAUAGGUACUACAACCAUCGAAACCACUGAUGUACCACCACCACAUUCUUCACCACCUGCUACUUUUAAACAAGUUGUUAAUGAAAAAGAAAAUGAUGAUGAUGUGAUGGUUGCAUUUGCUGACUUAGAGAUCAAUCCAAAGGAAGAUGAUGUGCCUAAUAAUGCAAUUAUGUCAGAUGUUGAUAAAAGAAUAGACGAAACGUUGGCUACUCAUUCUCGUACUUUUGAUUCUAAACUUACGAAAUUACAUGAUACUACUUGUGAGCAUCAUGUGAUUUUCAAGAAGAUGGUGACUGAUUCCAAAGCCUUUAUUGAGUUGAAGAUCAUGGAGUUUAGUGAGUUAAUCUACAAGGAGGUUCAUAAUCUUGAUAAUUUAUUUGUUUCAUUUACUAAAAAGGUUGAUGUGUUAAUGGGAGUAACAACUCAUUUGGUGGAAGAUGUUACUGCAUUCAGUAAAGAAUAUUUUGGUGAUUUUAAGUUAAAGUCUGAUGUAGAUGGGAAAAUGUUUGAGGAAAUUGAGAAGUCUCUUUUUGGCUUUCAAGAGACUUUGUCAAAAUUUGAUCUUUCGUUACAAUUUUCUAUUUUUCAAGAGUCUAUAUCUGCUAUGGUUAUGUCUGUUGAAUCAUGUUUCAAAACAAAAUUGGCUCCUACACAUGACUUGGUUCUUCGCCUAUCAACCAAUGCUCCACGUUCUACAAAUGUGUCACAAGGAGGAGAAAGAGGGGCUCGUUCAUUAAUGGGAACAAGUGAAGAUAUAGGAUUUCUUGUGGGAAAAGUCCGGUCUACUAAAAUUCCUAUUUCUCUACCAAUGAAGUUGAUGGUAACAACAUCCAUAGAAACAACAAAUGCUCCUCGAGUAAAUGUUUAUGUGUCAAAAUUGCAAAAAAAGGGAUUUCUAAAUAAGGCUUGGUGUUACGAAACUAUAGAGAUUACAAUUCAUGAUAAGGUGGAGGAAUUCAUGAAGAGUAUGAAGAAGAGCUAUGAUAUCAAAAACGCCAACUUCAAUUAA